UAAACCCCCGCUUUCUUUUAGAACUACGCUGCUCUCUGGAAAACCUGGAGACGGAGAGACCUUGACUCGGCUCCUUUUUGGUUUCCAUGGCAUCCGCUCUUCAUUGACUUCAUUGUAAUGAGCCCGCCCAAUUCCCCUGGAACAUUGAUGGUUGAGGAAAGCUUCCGAUUGCUCUCUCCGUGGUGCUGAAAACCGUUCGGAGCACGCUCUGUGCCUUGUGCGCUAUCCAUGGUGCUGAAAUCUCUCUGGGAGGCGCGGCAGUGAAGGAAGGUGGGGAAGAAUGGCCAACUACGUCUGACGGUGUGACCCCUGCAACUCUGCUUUAGACCACUCUUUCCAGCACUGGAGCAACUGGUUGAUGUGUUGCACACCAGUGCCAGAGUCUGUAACACAAUCAUCAGGGAUUCACCCAAAUUGGCAUGAAGUAGGCACUGGGAAGGUUUGUAUGCAUCCUCUUUUGAAGUCUACAUCGUCUGACGACUCACUACCUCUACCUAUCCCAAAUGCAGUAAAAUAAUCAGCACCAAUCCAGGAUUUUACUUACAAAUUGGACUUUGAAUCCAGGCGGUUCUCUUUUUUCAAACUCGCCAUGGCUCCUCCUGCACCUUUUGCUAGUGGAUCCUUCACCUCCAGGAAGACCUUCUAGUUGUGUCUCACAACUUCUGUUCUAUUCAGAAAUCCGUGGGCUGUAUGUAGACACUCAAUCGUCUGCUCUUUCUGGCGCUGGCUCUCCUCCUUUCCUCCUCGCCCACAGUCACACACAUACACGCAUACAAAUAAUCUCUCUCUCUCUCUCUCUCUCUCUCUCUCUCUCUCUCUCUCUCUCACACACACACACACACACCUCUUUAUCUGGAUGCACACCAAUAGCCAUUUUAUGGAGAAAAGUUAGACAUGGAACCAAUAUGAGCCAUCAUCACUGUUUAUAAGGGUGCCCUAGACAACCAAGUGAACGCCAGUUAAAACCUUUGCAGGAAUGGAGUCCGUAAAACAAAGGAUCCUGACCCCUGGCAAGGAGGGGCUGAAAAAUUUAGCUGGGAAAUCGCUGGGUCAACUCUACAGAGUCCUCGAGAAGAAGCAGAAGACCGGCGACACCAUCGAGCUGACGGAAGAUGGGAAACCCGUGAAGCAGCCCGAGAAGAAGGCGCCCCUGUGCGACUGCACCUGCUUCGGGCUCCCGCGGAGAUACAUCAUCGCCAUCAUGAGCGGACUGGGCUUCUGCAUCUCUUUUGGGAUCCGCUGUAACCUGGGAGUAGCCAUCGUGGACAUGGUCAAUAACAGCACUAUACACCGAGGAGGGAAAGUCAUCAAAGAGAAAGCGAAGUUUAACUGGGAUCCGGAGACGGUUGGCAUGAUCCACGGUUCUUUUUUCUGGGGCUAUAUAAUCACGCAGAUCCCCGGGGGAUAUAUUUCAUCCAGGCUGGCAGCUAACAGGGUUUUUGGUGCAGCUAUCCUAUUGACGUCCACUCUCAAUAUGCUAAUACCGUCCGCAGCUCGAGUGCAUUAUGGAUGUGUUAUCUUUGUCAGAAUCUUGCAAGGUCUUGUAGAGGGUGUCACUUAUCCAGCUUGCCAUGGGAUAUGGAGCAAAUGGGCACCUCCUUUAGAGAGAAGUAGACUAGUAACUACUUCUUUCUGUGGUUCUUAUGCAGGUGCAGUAAUUGCAAUGCCAUUGGCUGGGAUUUUAGUGCAAUAUACUGGAUGGUCUUCUGUGUUCUAUGUGUAUGGUAGUUUUGGCAUGGUCUGGUACAUGUUUUGGCUUUUGGUCUCAUAUGAGAGCCCUGCAACGCAUCCCACAAUUUCAGAUGAAGAGCGCAGAUACAUAGAAGAGAGUAUUGGAGAGAGUGCCAAUCUUUUAGGAGCAAUGGAAAAAUACAAGACUCCAUGGAGAAAAUUUUUUACUUCUAUGCCUGUCUAUGCAAUCAUUGUUGCAAACUUCUGUAGAAGCUGGACUUUUUACCUACUGCUCAUUAGUCAGCCUGCUUACUUUGAAGAGGUGUUUGGAUUUGAAAUAAGCAAGGUGGGGAUGUUAUCCGCUGUGCCACAUUUAGUGAUGACUAUUAUCGUGCCUAUUGGGGGACAAAUUGCAGACUUUCUGAGAAGCAGACAAAUUCUUUCGACCACUAAUGUCAGGAAGAUAAUGAACUGUGGAGGUUUUGGAAUGGAAGCAACUCUUCUCUUGGUAGUUGGUUAUUCACAUAGUAAAGGUGUGGCCAUUUCUUUCUUAGUGCUUGCUGUGGGCUUCAGUGGAUUUGCUAUAUCUGGAUUCAAUGUUAACCACUUAGAUAUCGCCCCAAGAUAUGCCAGUAUCUUAAUGGGGAUUUCAAAUGGAGUUGGGACAUUGUCUGGAAUGGUGUGUCCUAUUAUUGUUGGAGCAAUGACAAAGAACAAAACACGCGAGGAGUGGCAGUAUGUCUUCCUUAUUGCUUCUUUGGUCCAUUAUGGGGGUGUCAUUUUCUAUGGCAUAUUUGCUUCGGGAGAGAAACAACCAUGGGCAGACCCAGAGCAGACAAGUGAAGAAAAAUGUGGCUUCAUUCAUGAAGAUGAACUUGAUGAAGAAACGGGGGACAUUACUCAGAAUUAUGUAAAUUACGGUACCACUAAAUCUUACGGUGCUACAACCCAAUUGGCCCAGGUCAAUGGCGGCUGGCCAAAUGGUUGGGAGAAGAAAGAAGAAUUUGUACAAGAAGAAGCACAAGACUCAUAUAGCUAUAAGGAAAGAGAAGAUUAUUCAUAACAGACCUAUGUUGGAUAUAUUUUGUAGUGUUCGUGAUUUAUUCAUUGUGAUUGUUUGCACACACACAAAAUGUGGUAUAAUGUAAACACAUAUCAGGCAAGAAGGUCUUACUGUAAAAAUGAAAAAACAAAA